UACUUGACUGGUUUCGGGUCAGAAUUCACUUCAGAAGAUCCAAGAUGUCCAGACUCACUACCAAAAGCCCAAAACAGCCCGCAGAAGUGUCCUUAUGGCUUGUAUGCGGAGCAGCUCUCAGGAAGUGCCUUCACAGCUCCCAGAUUAGAAAAUAAAAGAACUUGGCUGUACAGAAUAAGACCGUCUGUUGUCCAUAAUCCAUUCAAACCAUUCAACAAAGGAAAUAUCACACACAAUUGGUCGGAAGAGGAGCCAGAUCCAAAUCAGUUGCACUGGAAUCCUUUCGACCUGCCACCACAAUCCACAUCAACUGACUUCAUUGAAGGAUUGAAUACUGUUUGUGGAGCAGGUGAUUCCAGAAGUAAACAUGGUUUGGCAAUUCACGUGUAUUCUUGUAACACUUCAAUGAGAAAUAGAGCCUUUUAUAAUGCCGAUGGCGACUUUCUGAUUGUUCCACAGGUUGGCGACUUAAAAAUAACCACUGAAUUUGGAAGGCUCCUAGUCAAACCCAACGAAAUAGCUGUUAUUCAACAAGGAAUGCGAUUCCGUAUAGAAGUAUCCCAACCUUCUCGGGGGUAUGUGCUGGAGGUAUUCGGGCAGCAUUUCGUCUUACCAGAUUUGGGCCCAAUCGGGGCCAACGGAUUGGCAAAUCCGAGAGAUUUCCUCACUCCCGUGGCUCAUUAUGAAGACGUCAGUGAUAACUAUGAGAUUGUUUCGAAAUAUCAGGGUAAAUUAUUUGUGUGCGAGCAAGAUCACAGUCCGUUCGAUGUUGUGGCUUGGCACGGAAAUUAUGUCCCGUACAAAUAUGAUCUGAGCAAAUUCAUGGUCAUCAACUCGGUUUCGUUCGACCACUGUGAUCCAUCAAUAUUCACGGUCCUCACUUGUCAGUCAGAACGAAAAGGGACGGCAAUAGCAGACUUCGUGAUAUUCCCCCCACGAUGGUCCGUCCAAGAGCACACUUUUAGACCACCCUACUAUCACCGAAAUUGCAUGUCGGAGUUCAUGGGGCUGAUUUUUGGUGAAUACGAGGCCAAAAAAAAUGGUCUUGCUCCAGGUGGAGCCACCCUACAUAGUAUCAUGACACCGCACGGUCCCGAUUCGAGUUGUUUUGAAGCAGCGACUCAUGAAAAAUUGCUGCCUUCUAGGGUUGCCGACGGUACACAGGCGUUCAUGUUCGAGAGCUGUUUGGGCCUGGCAGUCACGAAGUGGGGCGCCAAAACUUGUGAAAAAUUGAAUCCGGAAUACUAUAAAUGUUGGCAGGGGCUCAAGAAACAUUUCACUGGUGAAAAAUAAAGUAGUUGAAAAUUGAAGAUUUUCAGCAAUAAAUAUCCGUACAUAUGAAAAAUUCCAUCACCACCUGUUUAUAUUUAAUAUUUCAUGAAUAUCUACUUCAAAUUAAAAUAAACUACUCAAAAUGAAUAUAGAGACACAUCCUUAAAAUCCAAUAAGUAAAAAAUAUGUACUAUUUCAUGAUAAAAACUUCUGGUGUAUACUCCCAUACUAAUUCUCAUCAUGUUCCAUUCGGUUGUUGUUUACUUUUUUUACUUCUUCUGAAAAUUUCUGUAUUUACCUCAUGUCGUCCCAUUUGCCCAAAAUAUGGGCGGUGGGUUCAUUUUGCAACAAUAUAAUACCUGGCCAAACGUAGCCAGGGUCGUGAGGAAUUUCUUACAGGAGCACAAUAUUAAUGUCAUGAGAUGGUCCGGAUUUAAAUCCUAUUGAGCAGUUCUGGGAUGAACUGGAAAGACGUUUGAAGGAUCAUCAACACUUCCAAAAUCUAAACCAAGUUGCAGAUGCUCUUUUGACGAUUUACGAGCAGUUACCACAACAAAUAAUUAGAAAUUUGGUGGAAAGCACGCCUCGUCGUUGUGCCGAACUUCUUAGAGCUGGGGUGGACGUAGUAACUAUUAAUGUACAUUUUUCUUAAAUUUUUUCUGAAAUAAAUUUAAUUUGUUUUUGACACUCAUUUGUAUUUCUUUUUAUGUAUUACCAAACAGCAUUUUGAAAACAAUGUAAGUUAAAUUUAAUAAAGGCACCUAUAAACUAUUUUAUAAAUAUUUGACAAAAUAAUACAUAUUUUUUUACUUAUUGCAUUUUAAGGUCAUGUCUCUAUAUUCAUUUUGAGUAGUUUAUCUCAGAUCAGAUAUAGAUGCAUGUUAAUUUCAUUAUGGUGUGUCAAAUAAUUCACUUAUGUUUACUUUAUAUACACUAAUUCUAAAACCUGA